GCACACCUUCGCCACAAUAAUGGCUAGCGCGUUGAGGUUCGUACUGUUGGUAGUGAGUUGCCUGCUCGUUGUUGGUAGUCCGUGGGGCAUUGCAGCCCAGGAUGGUGAUCUGCAAACGAAGGACUAUAACGAUGCGGAGUGUGGUGAACGGUUGGCGUUGAAGGAGGGCCUCGUGAAGGGCGGCUAUCCGACACUUCCGGGUGAAUGGCCUUGGCAUGUGGCGCUCUAUCAGCGCGGUAUAACGAGCGAAGGCUUCGUCUAUGCCUGCGGUGGUAGCAUCGUGCACCGGUAUCUGAUAGUCACGGCCGCCCACUGCGUGACGUACGCAGCAAGCCGUCGGAAGAUUCCGACGGAGGAUCUACAGCUGAAGAUGGGUCGCUUUAAUCUGUCGAACGAGGUCGAAGAGCAUGGGGAGGAGCAUCGUGUGAUCGAGAGCAUCGUUCAUGCGGGCUUCGUUCCGACGACGUUCGAGAACGAUAUUGCGAUCCUGCGUGUGGAGCUUCCGAUAAUCUUCAAUCACUUCAUCCAACCGGUUUGCCUUUGGAAGCGUGACGAUGGGUAUGUGCUACCGAGUGUGUACGAACGGUUGGGUACGGUCGUUGGUUGGGGUUUGACGGACGAGAACCGGUCGGGGACGGUACUGAACGAGGCCCGGAUGCCGGUGGUUGACUCCCUCACCUGUCUGGCCAGCGAUCGGACGUUCUUUGGUCGGCUUCUGUACGCGAAGGCCUACUGCGCUGGAUUCAAGAAUGGUACGGGCGUCUGCAAUGGAGACAGUGGUGGUGGUAUGUUCUUCCAGUUCCAAAAUCGUUGGUAUCUGAAGGGGCUGGUUUCGUUCAGUAACACGAUCGAUGCGUCCGGUGUGUGUAAUCUGAAGCAGUACAUCGGCUUUACCGAUGCAUCGCAGUACAUCGAUUGGUUGUACGAGAACACACCCAACAGUGGUAUCGAUGAUCCGAUUCUGGGCCAUCCCAACAUACGGCUCAUCAACCAGGGGAACUGUGGCCACAACAAACACGUGUACGAGUACGCCGAAGAGCGUAAACCGAUCCUUGGCCAGUACGGAUGGAUGGUGACGUUGCGGCAUCCGUUCCAGGAUCCGGAGUAUGUUCCUUGCAACGGGGUGCUCAUCAACCGUAACUACAUCCUCACGACGAACUGUGUCGAUUUGCAGGACGAGAUAAGCGUCACUAUCGGUGACUAUGAUACGAGCAAAACGAAGGACUGCGUCAAGGAAGAGUGGGAAGAGUACCAAACGUGCAUCUCUACGGUGCAGACGGUAUCGGUGGGACAACUAUUUCGUAAGGACGAUCUGGUCCUCGCCCGCCUAACCAUUCCGGCCGUCAUCGGGCGGCGGGAGCACAUCUCAGCGAUCUGUCUUCCAGUGACAUCCCAGCAGCGGGAACGGCUCUACAAUCGCUACAUUAUGACGGGCUGGAAGGAGAGUGGAACGGAUGCGAAAACGUUACAGCGGGCCGUCCUCACAACGAUCGAUCAGAACAAUUGCCGGGUCGAGCUGGAGAAUCCACAGCUCGACGAUCGGACGAUCUGUGCCCGAAAUCCGAAUAACCGGUCACGGUCACCAAUGUGCAAUGAUUAUAUGCCCGGAUCGAUUAUUCAGGCGAUUGAGAAGAAAUCGAACCGGUAUCUGCUGUACGGGCUACAGACGAGCAUUAGUUACUGCUCCCGUCCGGAGCAGUACAUCGCUAUUAGCAAGUAUCUGCAGUGGAUAUUGGAUAAUAUCCGUGGUUAAAGGUAAUCAACCGAUAUGAGAUCAGCUGGUUGAUGCCUUUCUUUAAUAGUAGCAUCGGUGGAUGUCGUGUAGGCAUUAAUUAAUGUAAAGAAUCGCAUCAUAGGGUAAGAUUUAUGCCAAUAAAAGAGCAACAUUUUUAGAUCUUUAGGCAAUAGAUGUGAUCUAUGUACUCUGUUUUCCUUUUUUGUCAAGUUUAUGCGCAUUUCUUUUGUAAAAAAGCUUCACUACCACCACUUUAUGUGGUAUUUUUGUGUCGUUUUCGACAAGCCUUCGUCAUCCGGGUUUCUAUACCGAG